AUGAAAGAACAUGCCAAUAUCCCUAUGUAUAAGAAACAAAAUGGUUGGACAAGAGAGGAUUGGAGAAAUAUCACCAAACAGUUCAAUGAAAAGUUUCCUUUGGCUCAUUUUACAAAACAACAAAUGCAAUCAAAGGAAAAGGAGUUGAAAGAGAACUACAAGAUAAUACGAGAUGCUAGGAAAAAUAGUGAUGCUAGUUGGAAUGAGUCAUUAUGCAUGAUUAUUGCCAAACCAAAGAUUUGGGAUGAAAUGAUUGAGGGGAAUGCGAAAGUAUUAGUAAGUUCCAAAAGAAGUCAUUUCCUCUAUAUGAAAACUUGGCAUCAUUGUAUGCAGGACCAAGAAGGUGCUAGUGAAAAAAUACGGAAGCAAAGUCAAAUGGCUGCUAAAAUAAGUGAAUUCAUAGAGUUUAGAAAGAUCAUGAUAGAUGAGAAGAAAAAACAAGAAGAUGAUUAUUGUGUGGAGAAGUGCAUUGAUGUUGUGGAUGGCAUGGAAGACCUAACUGAUGAGCAGAAGGAAGAUGCUAAUGAGCUCUUCCAAUCUAAGACGAAUCUACAAAUAUUUAUGAAGACAAAGAAUCCAAAUGUUCGACUAAUUUGGCUAAAGAAAAAAAAUUCACAGCCCGAGCAUCGGCGCGUCAAGCACGCCAUCGAGAAGCGUCUCGACUCGGCGUCCCAUCACACUGCAGGGACACACAAGAUGCUGCAUCCUAGCUGGGUCGGCGUCUCGGCGUACGUCUCGGAGUAUUGGUCUGUGAUAAUCGCCACUGUUGUUUUCGCAUUUGUUGGUGCGGUGACAAUUUACUACACAGUCAAUCAGUUGAACAAGAAAAUCAGCUUGAGCCUGAUAAAGGCUAUCAAGGCCAGGGCCAAGAGGUACAAGAAAUGGAAGGACAAGGUGCCCGCUGCGUCCCACAUCUGGAGGAAAGAAGUUGUCCCCCGCGGUAAAGGCCUGAAAUGCUGCGUGUGCUUGAAGUCCGUUUCACCUCCUCAGUACUCUGGGGGGACCAUCCAUCAGUGCGAUAUCUGCGGCGCCGCCGCGCAUCCGAGUUGCUCGGGGAAUGCGCACAAGGAUUGCAAGUGUGUAUCUAUGGCUGGUUUGGACCAUGUGCUUCACCAGUGGGCUGUGCAAUGGAUCGACAGUGCGGAUCACUCUGAAGAAGACUCUUUCUGUUGCUACUGUGAUGAAUCUUGCAAUGGGGCUUUCCUUGCGGGGUCUCCGGUUUGGUACUGUAUGUGGUGUCAGAGGCUGGUGCAUGUUGAUUGUCACAGCAGCUUGGCCAAGGAAACUGGUGAUAUCUGUGACUUGGGACCACUGAAGCGGUUGAUAUUAUCACCUCUUUGUGUUAAGGAGCUUCAUUGGACAGGUGCUGGGAUUUUGAGUUCUAUCACAAAUGGGGCUAAUGAAUUGGCUUCUACUGUCCGAGAGACAAUUCUGAUUCGUAGUAAAAGGUACAAAAGGAGUAGUGCUUCUGCUGAUUCAGAUAGCUCUGGGGCUAUUGAGCUACCAUCUGAUGUUGAAGGAGAUUCACAAGAAGUAAACAGCGCAGCAAAGAGGAGGGAUGAUCAGGCCAAUGGCAAACUCAAUGAGGUACAGCAAAGCUCUGAAUCAGAGAAAGAUAAGCAACAUGUACCAGAUAACGCAGCUACAACUAAUAGAUCAAAUGUACAACGUGAGAAUUCUCAUGUACAGAACAAUCAGAAGUAUGAAAUUAUCAACGUGCCUUCUGAUUCUAGGCCGCUUCUAGUUUUCAUUAACAAGAGAAGUGGUGCACAGAGUGGUGAUUCACUGAGACAGCGCCUGCAGAUUCUUCUUAAUCCUGUGCAGGUUUUCGAGUUGAGCAAACAGCAAGGUCCAGAUGUUGGUUUAGCUUUAUUUCGGAAGGUAACCCAUUUCAGAGUUCUUGUAUGUGGUGGAGAUGGUACUGCUGGAUGGGUUUUGGAUGCCAUUGAGAAACAGAAGUUUGAAACUCCACCUCCUGUAGCCAUCCUUCCAGCUGGUACUGGUAAUGAUCUUGCGAGGGUUUUAUGUUGGGGUGGUGGCCUUGGUGUUAUUGAGAAGCGGGGAGGUCUAUUCUCAGUUUUGCAAGAUGUAGAGCAUGCAGCAGUCACUGUUCUUGACAGAUGGAAGAUCACCAUAAAGGACAACCAAGGGAAACUUAUGGCACCACCAAAAUUUAUGAACAACUACUUUGGGGUUGGCUGUGAUGCAAAGGUUGCCUUAGAUAUACACAAUCUGAGGGAAGAGAACCCUGAACGGUUUUAUAGCCAGUUUAUGAACAAGGUGCUGUAUGCAAGAGAGGGAGCAAAGAACAUUAUGGAUAACACAUUUGAUUGUUUUCCUUGGGAUGUCAAGCUCGAGAUAGAUGGAUCCAAAAUUGAUAUUCCUCAGGACUCUGAAGGUAUCCUUGUCGCCAAUAUCAGGAGCUACAUGGGAGGGGUUGACCUUUGGAAGAACGAGGAUGAUGUCUCUGACACUUACCUCCCUCAGUCCAUGCAUGACAAGAAACUGGAAGUUGUUAGCUUCACAGGAAUGCUGCAUCUCGGAAGACUGCAGAUUGGGCUUUCUCGUGCAAAAAGAUUAGCCCAAGGUCAUCAUAUAAAGGUUGAAAUCAGUACUACAAUGCCAAUUCAAGUUGAUGGAGAGCCAUGGUCCCAGGAGCCGGGCACCAUAGAGGUUUCUCAUCAUAGCCAGGCCUUCAUGCUUAAGAGAGUCUCCGAAGAACCACUCGGUCAUGCCGCUUCGGUAAUGGCCGACAUCUUGGAAAAAGCCGAGAACAGUGGCAUUAUCUCAGCCUCGCAGAAGAGGACUUUGCUCCAGGAGAUAGCAUCUAGGCUUUUGUAG